AUGCCGAUGCACGCGCCGAAAGCCAUGCCUCCUUCACAACAAUGUAAUUUCCAUAUUUCCCCCGAACACCUUCUACAUCCUCCGGUCUGGCGAGUCCUGUCCGUUCCUGUUACCACUUCCUUUGCUGACCUCCAUCGCGCGCUCCAAGUCGCUUUCGGCUGGAAGUCAGUACACAGCUAUGAGUUCGGCGUCCAUGACCCUGAGUACGAACCGAUUGCCGGUGGAGACGAGCGUGUCUUGCAAGUGAUGAAGAAGAUCCAGACACUGACAAAAAGGGUCGACGAUUCACGCAAGUAUCUUCUACGAAUUCUCGACGACGCAAAGUAUGGAACCAGAAGCGUCGGACCUGAGCCAAGUGAUAGGGCUCGCAAAAGUGCAUGGGAGCACCCAAGAACUCCCGAGAAGAACGCUAGCCAGAUCAAUGUAUGCGAAGUGUUAGAUCGAGCACAGCCGAAAGGUCUACAUAUGUCGUACACCUACGACUACGCCAACAAAUGGGUACACGAUAUAUCCAUCGUUGGCAUUGCUCCUGCGACGAAUGCCAUUCAGUGCAUCGAGGGAGAAGGUCAUGGUAUAAUUGAAGAUUGUGGUGGUAUACAAGGGUGGCAAGCAUUGCUUGAUGCUUAUAACACCUUGACGCCAACGAAGAAGCAGUGGGAGAGGAGGAAAUGGCUUGAAAAGCAGGCUCUCAAUGCAGAUCCCCAAGGUCUCUCGAAUGGAGGAGACAGAAGGUGGGAUCUAGACGAAGUGAAUGCAAGGCUUGGUCGGAUGGUCUGAAAGACGCCGCAAUGCCUUGCCGCAUGGAAGUCACUCUUGGGCUACCAAUUUCACGUGAAAAGUCGAACGCGCCAAAGACGUAGCUUCCUGAAACUCGGACGUUCCUCGAGGAUUUGGGAACAAACGCUGCUCGCUUACAAGAUCGAGGCCUUUUAAAAGGGUUUCGCAACUCUUCUAGCAGGCCGCUCCAGGCCCAAGAAGGAAAUGGUCCAAAUAUUAGACGCCUUGACGCGUACACUAGUCAUUCAUAACACCUCACAACUUGCACGGUUGCUGUGCUAGG